AUGCCACCGAACGCCACUUUACGAGUGUGCAACACCGUGUGUCAGUCAGCCUUUCCCUCCACCUCCCCCUCUUCCUCUUCUUUCAUGACACACUUGACCUCAUGGCUCACGAAACUCUUUCUUGAUAAUUUGGAACAACUAAAGAUGGUCCCCUUCGUUGGGGUUGUAAUCAUACACGGUGUGUUGAGCCGCUCCUUACGUGAACGAGGUCUCAGGCGAUUUUAUCAGCAUCUCUAUGGAUCAAACUGA